CGUGUGAAAAUAUCCUCUUCUUCCGGUUAUAACUUAACGAGUUCCAGGUGGUUCUAACAGUUUCUCUCUACGAUGCCCCGAGAAAUCAAAGAAAUUAAAGAUUUUCUCUUGAAAGCUAGGAGGAAAGAUGCAAAAUCUGUGAAAAUCAAGAAGAAUGCUGACAAUGUUAAGUUUAAAGUUCGCUGUUCACGAUUUUUGUACACUCUUGUCAUUACAGACAAAGAAAAGGCAGAAAAAUUGAAACAAUCUUUACCUCCAGGUCUUCAGGUAAAGGAAGUAAAAAGAAGUGAACGUAUGUAAUUCAUAGAAUAAACUAAAUUUUUAAACA